GAUAAAUCGAACAGGGGAGGGGGGAGGAAGUUAAAGGAAAAAACGGAAAUCACAGAACUCAGGAAGCAGAUUAAUAGGUUGCCCUUCGGACCAAACUCCAAUGAAGACUUUUACACAUUCACCGACCAAAAUGCAGCUCUGCUAAAUUCAAAUAUCACCAAAUUAAAGUACCAGUCUAAACAAAAGGUGAAUAAUGUUGCUAAGAGAAAGAAUCUCUCCGUGCAAUCCAGUGGAGUAACUGGUGGAUUGUCGUCCUCCCUGAUCUUCACUCCCCUGCAGGGCAUUGAGCUGUUCAAUCCUUCUGUCAUCAACCCGAGGCCGGACCCUGUCGAGAACAAAUACUUCUCUAGCAAGGCCCAAUUCCGCAAGGUGUAA